AUGCUGGUGAUCAGGGGCCCUGAUCCCUUGUUCUGCCUUCUCCUCCUCCUGCUCGUGGGCCCCCACAACCCCGUGGGGGCCGGUCCUCCUCAGAGAAGGUUUGAGUAUAAGCUCAGCUUCAAAGGACCAAGACUGGCAUUGCCUGGGGCUGGAAUACCCUUCUGGAGCCAUCAUGGAGAUGCCAUACUGGGCCUGGAGGCAGUGCGGCUGGCCCCAUCCAUGCGGAACUGCAGCGGCGCCGUGUGGAGCAGGGCCCCUGUCCCCUUCUCUGCCUGGGAGGUGCAUGUGCAGAUGAGGGUGACCGGGCCAGGGCGGCGGGGAGCCCAGGGCAUGGUGAGUGGCCCCAAACCACACCCGGCAGAGGGGGUGAGUCAGGGAGGUGGGUGGUGAGCCCGAGGCCUGGGCCGAAGGGCCCCUGGGACAACCCCCACUGUCCAGGCCUUGCGUCCUGUGUGGCCUGGCUGAACUCCAAGUGCCCAUAGGGAUGCAGCCAGCGGGGUGCUGGGCUCCUGCCGCCGGGACUUCCGCAACCUGCCGAACCCCCUCAGAGUUCGGAUCACCUACUGGGGGCAGAGGCUGCGGGUGUCCUUGAACAGUGGCCUCACUCCCAACGACUUAGAUGAGGUCUGUGUUGACGUGGGUCCACUGCUUUUGGCUCCUGGAGGUUUCUUUGGGGUCUCGGCAGCCACUGGCACCCUGGCAGAUGACCAUGACAUCCUGUCCUUCCUGACCUUCAGUCUGAGUGAGCCGGAUCCAAAGCCUCCCCCACCACCCUUUCUGGAGAUGGAGCAGCUCCGGCUGGUGAAGCAGCUGGAAGGGCUUCGGGCAAGGCUGGCCCUGGGCGCCAGGGAGGAUGUGAUCCCAAAGCUGAGCUCCGAAGUCCAGGAAGAGGGAAAAAGGAUCCUUGGCCUGGAAGAGACGCUGGGCAGACACCGCCAGAUCCUGCAGGCUCUCCAGGGUCUCUCCAGACAGUUGGCCCAGGCCGAGAGGCAGUGGAAGAAGCACCUGGGGACCCCAGGCCAUGCCAGGCCUGAGGGAGCCUGGAAGGAAGAGGGCUACGGUGUCCUCGGGAAGGUAGACUCUGAGAAGAAAAGGGCUGUGGCCUGGGCCCUGGAGAACAGGCCGGCCCUGCUGCAGGAUUCUGCCAAGGUCAGCGCCCUGCUCCGUGGACAGAGGUCUCUGCUCCAGGACCUGCAAGAGAUGAGGGAUGCAGCUGCCCACGUGGUCUCAAAAGCCCAGCUCUUCUAUCUGCCUGUGGGCACCAAGCAUCAUUUCUCAGAGCUGGCCCAGAUCCUGGGCCUCCUGCAGAAGGACCUUCGGGGCCCACUGAAAGCGGCAGCCAAGAACCGCCGCCCACCUGGCCAACCCCCAGAAGCCUCCUUGUGCCUGCGGCCCAGCAUCUUCUUGUUCUUCCUCCUCAUUCAGACUAUAGGCUUCUUCUGUUAUGUGCACUUCAGGCAGAAGCUGGACAAGAGCCUUCAGGACUGUUUGUCCACAGGCAGCCCUCCUCUGUGUCCUGCACCACGCAUUCCUGGCGCCCUGGGGAUUCUGAGGAGGCAGCCUCUCUCCUCCAGCAUACACGCAUGA